AUGCUGGACUGUCAGGACAGUGGGGCCAAGGGGGCCCCCCUCCACACGAAAAUCUCCUUCUCCAUCUUGGACAUCCUGGAUCCUCAGAAAUUUACCAAGAAAAGCAAUUCGGCGGCAGGAAGAAGGGAGAGCAUCCCACACACAGGACAGCAGGAGAAAAGUUUGGGAAGAGUUUCUGUAGAAAGGAACCGGAGCCACCAAAGGAAUAAGCUACAGGCAUAUCAAGAUGCAGACGGACAAGCCGAGCGGCCGGCCCCCGCCUCGGAGGCAGUGGAGCAAAGGGAAGAGCCGCCGGGCCGAGCCGGGAGCCGCUUAGCCGCGGCGGCCGCCUCAGCCGCACUUCACUCGCCCGACUUCCCGGCCUCCUCGUCGUCAGAUCUGGACGAGCCCGGCUCUCCGCCGGCGGGCAAGCGGCGACGGGCAGAGUCCAGCUGCGCCAAGCCUCGGCGGGCCAGGACGGCCUUUACUUACGAGCAGCUGGUGGCUCUCGAGAACAAGUUCCGCUCCACGCGGUACCUGUCGGUGUGCGAGCGCCUUAACCUGGCCCUGUCGCUCAGCCUGACCGAGACGCAGGUCAAAAUCUGGUUCCAGAACCGCAGGACCAAGUGGAAGAAACAAAACCCCAGCGUGGACAGCACGGCGCAGCCAGGGAGCAACGCUCUGCCCCCGGGGGGAGGCGGCGGCGGCGGCGGCAGGCCCAGCCCGCCAGGCCCCAGCGCCUUGGCCUACCAGACUUUCCCCUCCUACGCCUCUGCCGGGGUCUUGUUCCCAGCAGGAGGCCCCCUCCCGCUGGCCGCCGCAGCGGGAGGGGGGCCUUUCCCUCCCUUCCUCAGCCCCACUUACUUGGCUCCAUUUUAUACCCCUCACCUAUGAGCCUUGCAGAGCCUCAAGACAUUCCCUCUGCAGGGGUGGAGAGUCGCAUAUUCUAUUGUUCCGAAGCAAAAAAGGAAACAUUCAUUUCACCUAGUCUGCUCUUACCCACUGUUUCACUAGGUUUUGCUUAAGAGCAUGCCAACUGUUCUGCCACCUGGGGAUCACCACUACCUGGGGGCUUUUUAAAAAAACACACAUUCUGUGUGUGAAAAAUGUGAGUGAAAAGGAUCAACCUCCUUCCCUCGUGAGACCUUGAAGUUUGGCAGCAGAAUGACUUCCAAUACCAGAACAUAUAUUUUUUAGAAGAUACACAGACAGUAUUUGAUAUUUAUAUAACUGAUGGCUGACAUACAGAGAAUGGAAGAAGACACACAUUGUGGAUUUUACAGUGAGCAAAUCCUCCUCAUCCCUGCAACUUCUGUGCUGCUUGCAGCGCUCUGAACUAUUCCUACCCCUCUUAGAUUUGCUAGAUGCUGGCCCAGGCCAUUGUGCCAAGGACCUGUGCUGCUUGACCCUAUUCUGACAAUUGAAUUCCUUCCUGGACAGAAAUGCGGGAUGAGUGUAAUUGUGGAAUAUGCAAUAUGUAGAUUGG